AUGGUCUACACCGGGAAACCGAGUCGUGGUUGCCAGACAUGCAAGACGCGCCGAAUCAGAUGCGACGAAGUCCGUCCGUCGUGCGGCAACUGCAGAAAGUCAGCCAGGACUUGCCCGGGCUUCCCUGACGAGUUCGACCUCAUCUUCCGAAACGAGAAUGCCGCCGUGGCCCGCAGGACGAAACGGGCGGCGUCGAAGCAGAAGCCGAGCACGUUCAACUCGAGCUCGUCCCCAAGCGCUGACUCUCCCCAACACCCCUCGAGUGACGACCAAUCCCUUGCCGUCGUAGAGCAGACCUCACGUCCUCCUGGUAACAGACUCCGCGGAGUUCCCACGGACAACGCUUUGCUCAAUGCCUUCUUUUCGCUGCGCGGGCUCGCCCUCCCUCAGGGUCUUUCAAUCUCCAUAGAAAACCAGGCAACCGCUUUCUUCUUCCGGAACUUCGUUCUUCUGCCCCAGCAGGAUGAGACUGCCCGAGGAUUUUUCGAGCUGAUCGUGCCCUACUACAACUCGACACCCGCUUCAUCUACAUUCCAUCUCGCCACCCAUGCUGUAUCCCUUGCAGUCCUCGGCAAUUACCCCGGUCGAGCGCCGUUGCUGCGGGAAGCUGCCCGAUUCUAUGGGCAAGCUUUGCAAAAGGCACAGCAAACACUUCGGGACCCGGUCCAAGCAAGGUCCGAUGAGACUUUGCUCACAAUCAUGUUAUUUGUGCUAUACGAGGUAUUUCAGAACCACAAACGCCGCCUUUUGCAGGUCGCUGCAGCAACAUAUGUCGAAGAAUUCAAGAAUUGUGCCAUGCACUCGACGAAUGAAUCAAUCAGUGCGUGGGCGCACCACAUCGACGGUGCCGUUACGCUAGCCAAGCUCCGCGGCCCGCAGCAAUUGAAGUCUGAGUCCUCGAGAAAGCUGUUCCAGGCUGUGCGGGCAUUGAUGUUGACAAAUGCCAUGCAACGGUGCAAGCCGGUCGAGGAAUUCCCGGGUAUCCCUAACUGGAAUCUCCAAGAAGAGAACCCUGCCAACCGUCUCACUACUAUCUCCAUGGGCCUCCCAGCACUCCGGUCUCGGGUCCGCGCACUGAUGAACAACACCGUUAAGGGCGAUAGAAAGGCGGAGGCAUGGUCGCUAAUAGCUGCGGCAAGAGAAGUGGAUAGCUCUUUGAACCAAUGGGCUACUUCUCUGUCCGACCACUGGGCGUAUAGGACCAUCGCAUAUCAGAGCCAGAUACCGGAGGAUUUGUAUACGGCCGACCGUUGGGUCGGACCAGUCCAUGCUUACGUGGACAUCUGGACUUCGCACAUCUGGAACGAUUACCGCGUCACUCGUAUCUUCACUCUUUCUAUCAUCAUGGCUUGCUGCUCAAUCAUAUCCCCUAAUUCCACCGACAUCUCUGUCAAAGCGCUUCUUGUCAACACCCAUUUCAUCACCCAAGGUCUCAUCGACGACUUGUGCGCCAGUGUUCCUUUCCAUAUUAAUUUCGACCUGCAGCCUCGUGCUAUGGAGAUCGGUCAAGACCGCGAGUCUGCCGAAGCGCUUGGCGGCUUCCUUCUUGUCUGGCACGUCUUCGUUGCUGCAAACGUCGAAUGUAUCCCCGAACAACAACGCACAUGGCUACAGGGCCGCCUCCUGCACAUCGGAAAGGAGUUCGGGCUCUCCCGUUCGCAAAUGCUUGGUUUGGUCAAGCGCCAUCAGCUCAUACACGGUGAUACGCCGAACCUCCAAGCGCAAAAUUUCUCCAUGGUACAUUCGGCUGGAGUCAUCGGAUACAGCGAUCUACCGCCCUCCAUGGGCAUGAUGAACUCUAGUCAGAUGUUCGCCGCAGAGACUACCUCGCACAUGAUAAAAAAUAUAGCGGCGAUGAAACGCGUGGAUGAGGCAUUAGAUGAAGCUAUGGAUUGCAGCGUUCCAGCUCCAGCUCCAGAGACGAGUGGCUAA